AGAAACGGGAUAUUUGUACCGCACUGCUGCGUCAGAAACAGGUAAGUAGCCCAGAGUGUAUUACAGGGUGGUACGUUGAGCAGUCAAGGUGAUCGCUGCGAUAAUCGGAAAACGUCUGACAGCUCUGGGAAAUGGCUGAAGCGUCGAACUUUCUUUACCAACGUGAAAGUGCAGGAUUAACGAACCAAGUCAGUGAACAGCUUUUUUCAAUGCUGGAUAUAUCGAAACAAGACAUGGGCGACUUUAGGCGGGCUGCCUUCAGGAGGAAAGCGAAGACUUGCGGAGGAUCCGAUGAGCACCAUGAAGAAUGUACAGGUGAUAAAGAUAAAGCAGACAAGGCCAGCUGCUUCCCCACCAAGAAACUUAGUGAUGCGGAGGCUUGUGUAUCGCUGAAGACCGCUCAGUCCAAAGAUCCUGACAGCAGCCCCAAAGAGCGAAGCAAUUGCAGUGAGAAGCAGAGCGGGGACAGCAGGGCCUGUGGCCGGAGCUCUCCUGGAGUAAAUGGAAGAGGCUCAGGCCGUUGCCUUCCCCAGUAUCUCAGACCACAAGUGCCGCCUAAACCAGUGCACCUCCAGUACCCGGUGACAGGGCUGUCUAAAUCCUUGGGCAGGACUCCCUUCAGCUCCAAGAUGGAAGAUGGAGGAGGUGGGGGAGGGGCAAAGGGCAGAGUGUCUGACCUCAUCACCCGCUUUGAGGAGAACAGCCACACAGACAGGAGGGAGGGCUCUCCUCUCAAGCACACCCGCAGAGCCCCUAAGUGCAGUCCAGAGCACAGAAGCUACUCUAGGCAGACAGAGUCCUGUGAUCUGGCGCUGGACUCGAAGGAGUGCAGCCGCAGCCAUGUGUGCAGCCCCUCCGCCAACGGCAUGUUAGCCCAGAUGGACAGAGAGGCCGCACCACAAGAGGACAGCCGGCUGCUGCUGAAUGGAGAUGCUGGGGAGCUGACUCUGGACGGGGACACAGACCUCCCUCUUCCCAACACAGCAGAGCAAGAGGAGACGGAAAAUGAAACCCACAAGGAAGACAGGGGCAUGGAACAGAAGGAGACCAAUGAACAGAAGCUUCACAAGAUUGCCAAUGAGCUUCUGCAGACAGAGAAGGCCUAUGUGGCAAGACUCAACUUAUUAGACCACGUGUUCCUUGCAAAGCUGAUGGAGGAGGCAGGGAAAGGAACAUUCCCAGUGGAGGUAGUGAAGAACAUCUUCUCUAAUAUCUCCUCCAUCAAUGCCUUCCACAGCCAGUUCCUACUGCCUGACCUGGAAAAACGGAUGGGAGAAUGGGAGUCCACACCUCGCAUUGGGGACAUCCUACAGAAACUCACCCCUUUCCUGAAGAUGUAUGCAGAAUAUGUGAAGAAUUUUGAUAAAGCCAUGGAACUGCUAAAACAGUGGACAGAUCGCUCACCUCAGUUUAAAGCCAUCAUCCAGGAAAUCCAGAAGCAGGAGAUGUGUGGGAGUCUCACCCUGCAGCAUCACAUGUUGGAGCCUGUCCAGAGAGUGCCUAGAUAUGAGAUGCUCCUCAAAGACUACCUGAAGAAGCUUCCUCAGGAACAUAUGGACCGCAGGGAUGCGGAAAAAUCCUUGGAGAUUAUUGCCACAGCAGCCACCCAUUCCAACACUGCAAUUCGCAAAAAUGAGAACUUGAAGAAAUUGCUGGAGAUCUAUGAGAUGCUGGGAGAGGAGGAGGACAUUGUGAAUGCCUCCAACGAGUUAAUCAAAGAGGGCCACAUUCUCAAACUGGCCGCCAGGAACACCUCGGCCAUGGACAGAUAUCUCUUCCUGUUCAACAACAUGCUGCUGUACUGUGUGCCAAAGUUUAGUCUGGUGGGACAGAAGUUCACAGUGCGCACACGAAUCGGCAUCGAUGGGAUGAAGGUGACGGAGACGUACAACGAUGACUACCUCCACACCUUCCAGGUGUCUGGCAAGGAGCGCACGCUGGAGCUGCAGGCUUGCUCUGAGCAAGAUAAAGAGGACUGGAUAAAGGCAUUCCAGGAAACAAUCGAGAUCUUUCUCCAAAAGAAUGAGACAUUUAAAACAGCAUCUAAAGAAGCGGAGGAAGUAUCAAUAUACGAGUUGGGGAAGCGAGCGCCUCGCUGGAUUCGGGACAACGAGGUGACCAUGUGCAUGAAGUGCAGAGAGCCCUUCAAUGCUCUCACGCGGAGGAGACACCACUGCCGUGCCUGCGGCUACGUGGUCUGCUGGAAGUGCUCAGACAACAAGGCUCCGCUGGAAUAUGACGGGAACAAGAUUAACAAGGUGUGCCGCGACUGCUACUCGGUACUAACCGGCCAUACAGACAGCGAGGAGAAGGAUGGCAAGAAAAAAGGCAUCCUAGAGAUUGAAGCGGCACAGUUCUCAGGUAGUAGUAUAAUGUGUGGCUUCCUACAGUACUGCGAGAAGAAUAAGCCCUGGCAGAAAGUCUGGUGCGUCAUUCCCCAGAAGGAGGCUUUAGUGCUCUACCUGUAUGGAGCUCCACAGGACGUUAAGGCCCAGUGUACGAUCCCACUGCUGGGCUACUCUGUGGACGACGCUGCCCGUACGGCAGACCCUCCAGCCAGUUUCCGGCUGUCCCAGUCAAAGUCCGUGCACAGUUUUGCUGCCGAGAGUGAGGAUCUGAAGCAGCGUUGGCUACGGGUCGUCCGCGUGGCCGUGACUGGCGAGGUGCCUGACACCCCACCCCCCGGUGAUGCCCACGUGCUGGAGAGCAGCCAGGAGCCGAGUUCAGAGAGCCUGUGAAAUGAAAGUGCCGGCUGCAUCUGUUGCAAUUCAACAGGUCUCAGACAGAAAGAGCAAAGAGCCACAGCUAGCAGGCCAGACUGCAGGCUGUCACACUCAUAUCCUGAACACUCACAAAUAUGACUAUGAAGGUCUUCAGUCAUCCUGAUCACAGAUUUGUCUGGUAGUAGCAAGCAAAGAGAACUGGACGUGCUGCAUUAUAAUGAGAUGGCUACUAUGUGGAACACGAUCGUCAUCUGCUGCCAGGAUGGAGCACUGCACCUCCAAGUUGGAUUUACGAUGCUUUAUGAGCAAGAAGCAUUAGGUUUUCCCUCUAAAGUGGAUCUGAAAAAUCGCUUUAGGAUCUGAUCCCAAGUGAUAGUGCACACGCAAGUGCUUUGAAAACUGACUGGUGCCAGCAGGCUCUAGCCAGGGCCUCAUAUGGAUGUGCAAACAACCAUUCCCACACAUGCCACACCUGAUCCCAGCCACUCUAAUACACUUUACUCCAAGGACUGCUUUCGGAAGAGUGCAGUAUUAAUGUCUGGAUAUAUUGUAGCUAUAUAAGGGAAUGUAUGGUUGUUAAUACCGUGACUGUCUCCUUUAAAGAUGGCAACAUCUCCAGUGCUGAAGACAAGUCUGAGACCAGACUGCUGCAGCAAUCCAUGCAAUACACACUGCUUCACAUCCCUGUACCUGGCAAGCAGAGUUAAGAUAUCCUUUAGCAACCAGCACGGAACCCAACAGCAACCCAGCAGCGAUCACUCAGUGGAUAUGUGGAGCUACACUGAAUGAAAUGGGAAGGUCAUUGUUGCUUGUAAGGUGACGACACAUCGGCGUGAGCACAAGUCGAUCUGUUAAUCUACUGCAUUGAUCAUAAGCUGGAUAGAUGCUCUAUUUUACAAGCCUAGGCAAAUCACAACUCAAAAGGCACUGUAUUUUUACCCUAGAUGGUGAAUGUUUCUCAGAUCUUAUUUCUUGACAAGAUACCUUUCAGUUUAAGAACAAAGAAAUGUCUGUAUAAUGUUUAAUGUAGGCCUAAGCCCAUCGCUAUAGACAUUUACAUGUUUGUUAUUCAUGAGCACCGUGUGUUUUUCUUUGUGUAUGAUGGCUGCGUGUUUGUCUGAUAUGCUGACCAAUGGGAAGAGGGUUUGGCUACUGAUGAGUGUCUUAGAGACUUCCUGUGCGGGCAGCACAAUCAAAUAAGCCUAUGAGCAGGAUGGAGACCUGUAAAUGUUUUAUGAAAUACUGUAAUUAAUUUUAUUAUUUAAAGAGUAAUUUAUAAAAGAUGUGCAUGAUUUUGAAGAAUAGUAGCACAAAGAAAACCAAUUUCUUAACCUUUUUGCCUCUGUCAACUCAAACAGUAUGACAUUUAUCUGAUAUUUAGGUUUGGUAUUCUGCUUCCAAUCAGAGCUAUAUUCUCAGAGUUCUUCUAGCCUGAUUCUUUGCCUUGUCAUUUCUCGUGUUACUCUCAUACUAUUGAAAUACCAGAAAUGGUCAGUGUUUUAUAAAGAUUAUAACAUGCCUAGGUUACAUUCGUGAAAUUAAUACGCAUAGACAUCUGCAACAGCAAACUAAGAGUUUGCAUAUAUAAUGUUGAAUAUGAACUUGACAUUCACAGUGCUUAUGUGAGCAUUGAUGUUUAGCCUAACUCCUCUAAACACAAUACCACUCAUCUAGCCGUGCAGUCCUGUGCUUCUGCAGCCGGUCUCCACCGUCUAGCAUUGUUCCAAGAAACCUUCGGCCCUGGUAUGGCAGAUUAAUGCUAUCUAAAUUAAGUCCUCUAGUCCUCUCAGAUUUCCCCUUCAGUAUUAAACUACAGCUACACUCAAGCCAAUGAGAGAUGCGAUUUUAUACUUACCUUUUCCAGAUCAGAAUCGCACUUUAGCAUCUUCUAUAAGAUGUACCUUGUAAAAGUAUGAAAGCAAGUAGAUUAUGGGUUUUCCAUGGGUUUCAUGUGCAUUCUGUGGUUUUGAUGUGUGUUACAUUGUAUGUGCUUUUAAUAGACAGCUGGAAAAAUAUGGUAAAAGAAUGUCGAUUUAGUUCAGUACUAAAAAUUCACUUGUCUAAUGUGGGCAUUAGCCAUCAGCAAGCCUUCAGAGAAGCAGUCAUGAAGUACAGGCAGUGUGGACCUAUUGUUUCAGCUUUAAAAGCACAGAAAAACUGGCCCAGGUAGAUUUCCUUAAUGUAGCUAAAAUUAAACUGAACUUUUCUGUUAUUGGUUUUUUUUUUUGGUUCCAUGCCAUGGGAUACCUUCCAUGCAGGUGAGCCAACACGAUCAGUGGCUCAGGGAUCAGCUGCAGCUGACCUCCCAGAACUAAACACAACCAGGCCAGAAAAACAGG